AUGCCUACAAUAUAUGCCAGCGGGACCCUCGCCAAGAAGUUAUACAUCAACCUCCAGGAGCCGACUGGCCGCUUUCCGGCCGCAGGACAUUUUCAGGCCGAUAAUCUCGUCGUACGAUGUGGAAAGACCCAUAUCAUGUCGAAGGCAUCAAUGGUCGAGUGGGUCAAGGAAUGCGUUGCCGAUCCAAAUAAUCCGGAAAUUGACGUUUUUCUCCUCGAUCAUUGGACUGGAUUUCUCGAUCAUGAAUUAUUCAAUUCCGCUCUACCGGACGGCGUAGAAAUCGAGAUCAUCAAUAUACCUGCCGGCACGACUGGUAUCGUACAGCCUUUGGAUUUGUACUUCUUCUGCCCGGUCAAGGCCAUGAUUAAGCGGAUCCAUGCAUACGUGAUAACACAAUCCAUCGACUUCACCAUUUUCAAAAGAGACCAUAUCCUGAUGGUGAUCUCACAAGUCUAUUGGACAAUCUGCUCGCCUGUCUUCACGGAAUUCCUGAAAUAUUGCUGGUUCCGCGGAGGCUAUCUCGACACUCAUCCGCUGCCCUUCGAGACUCCAAAUCAGUUCUCAUUGAACCCGGCCAACUGCAGCAUAGGAUGCAAAACUUGCGGAGAAGACGGACUUAUAAAAUGUGCAUAUUGUUAUGAAGUAAUUUGUUUUGAUUGUUUUUUUGUUAAACUGCAUCGUUGUGCU